CGAAGCCUUCGUAUUCUUAAUUCAAAAAGUAUGUGAUUAUCAAACCAAUAACAAAACGCCACGUGUAUCCUGACGGUCACUGAAUCGAACAAAACCCGCGGGCUCGGUUCAUCGUCAUCGCAAUUCGCAACGAAACUGUUGGUUUGAAUUUCUCUUGUCAAAAAUUAUCCUUUGACAUUGCGUCGAUGGCAUCGAAUCCUCACAGAGGCGGUGCGGGUGGUUCUGUCUACGGCGGCGCCGCUCCGUACAGAUCAAGAGAUGGGCUUAGCACUAGAACGGGUGUAGGUUCAGAGGAAAUCCAGCUAAGGAUUGAUCCGAUGCAAUCUGACCUGGAUGAUGAGAUCACUGGCCUCCAUGGCCAAGUCAGACAAUUGAAAAAUAUUGCUAAAGAAAUUGGGUCAGAGGCACAGUUUCAGAAGAACUUCUUAGAUGAGCUGCAAGUGACGUUGAUGAGAGCGCAAGCAGGGGUAAAGAACAACAUAAGGAAGCUGAACUUGAGCAUCAUACGCAGUGGAAACAACCACGUCAUGAACGUGGUUCUUUUCGCGCUCCUCUGCUUCUUUAUUCUCUACAUGUGGUCCAAGAUGUUCAAAAGAUGAGCGACUCAUGAUGGCAUUGCCUGUCUAUGAUACGCUUGAUGACUAAUGUUGGAAGGUUGUACAAAUAUCUUUUAGUCACUGGCUUUUUGUGGUUCUUCUCGUUCUCUGUUAUAUAGAGUGCUUUUACAUUUAA